UGAUCAGCUGUGUCCAAUCACAGCUGAUCACAUAUACACUGAUCAUCAGGGCACUGAUGAUCAGUGUGCCCUGAUGAUCAGUGUGGCCCCAAAAUUGCCACCUGUCAGUGUCCAUCAGUGCCAGCUGUGAGUGCUGAACAAUGCCACGUGCCCAUCAGUGCCACAUCAAUGCCACAUAUCAGUGCCUACCAGUGCACAUCAGUGCCCAUCUGAGCUGCCUUUCAGUGCACCAUCAAUGCCAAUCAGUGCUAUCAAUGCAAUCAGUGCCACCUAUCAGUGCCAGUCAGUGCCGCCUAUCAGUGCGCAUCAGUGCCACCUAUCAGUGCCAAUAAGUGCCGCCUAUCAGUG